AUGUCGUCCCAGGCUCGCGACUAUGCGACAGGAGGGCAACCUACCGAGCUCAAGACAAGCCCCUUGAGGCCGACGCAUCUCGACUUAGAGGCGCAAUCGCUUCCAACGUCCACCGAGAAGAUAGAAGCCGUAUCUCCAGUAUCACCUACCGAUUCGGUCCGUUUUCGAAAGGUCGCUCGCUCUAACACGGCCAAGACAUAUCGGCCCGAUCGACGAGGUCAAGAAUGGCUCCCAGGCUCAGAACCUGGCAUAGAUGUGUCUUCUGGCGGUCAGCCGCGGUCUAGCCUCCUUCAGAUUCACGAGGAAUGUGAGAUCACGAUUGUCGAUUUUGCCCAAGAUGAUAUGAAGCUACAUCACCUAGACAACUGCACUUUGGCCAACUUUCUAACCAAUCCGCGCCCUGUCUGGUCAGAUUGCAGAUGGAUCAAUGUCAAUGGCUUGAGCUGGGAUGUUAUAGAAAUCCUUGGAAAGGACAGAUACUUACAUAGGCUAGCCAUUGAAGAUCUCAUGAACCCAAGGAAUAGAACGAAAGCAGAUUGGUACUCCGAUCAUACGUUCAUAGUCCUGCCCCUUCAAAAGCUCAUUCAUUACAACGCUGACUCCAAUCCUGAUUCUGACUCAUCGGAGGCUGAGAAGGAUGACAAAGAGCUGAGGGAUUCUGGGAGAAAACAGAGGCAGAAGAGAGGGAAGCGUAGGUGGUGGCCCAGCAGCUGGAGGAGGAGGGAAGCAAAAUGCGAGUCGGGACCUGUUGUUUCGAAACUUGAACACACGAGUAAUGGCUCACUUCAAGAUUGCAUUACCCCUAGGCCACGGACUGCCACGAACAAGACGCGGACUCUGCAGCGGUAUCUAGGUGGACCAAAUCAAGAACGAAUUGAUUAUAUGGAGAAGCACUCGGCGUUAGCGCCUAAAAGACUAGCGGUUGGCGUCGAACAGGUGUCCAUCUUUCUCACUUCGGACAAUACUGUCAUCUCAUUCUUUGAAAGCUCGGCUGAUGACGUUGAGACUCCUCUUAUCCGGCGACUUAAUACACCGGAAACCAUUCUAAGGCGAUCCAGUGACGCAAGUAUGAUUUGUCAGGCUAUCAUUGAUGCUAUCAUUGAUCUCUCCAUCCCCGUCGCCACUGCUUAUCAAGAUGUCGCAGGCGAAUUAGAGCUCAACGUCCUGACCGAAGCUGAUGUAAGACAUGCCUCAGCCCUCUAUGUUCUCACAUCGGAGAUCGUCAGCUUCAGGAGCAAUAUUUCCCCUAUUGUCAACCUUGUGAACGCUUUGCGAGACCACAAGCCAGAGCCUGUCGGCACCCCUGGCCUCACAGGGAGAUCAGGACGCAUCAGUUCUAGUGUCACGAUCAGUGCAACAGCUCAAAUAUAUUUCCGUGACGUAGAGGACCAUUGCGUCUUGCUGAUGGAUGGAGUGGAUCAGAUGAGGAGAUCUGCAGACAACAUGAUUGAUUUGAUCUUCAACACGAAUAGUGCCCGUCAGAAUGAAAGUAUGAAACAACUGACGCUUGUGACCAUCCUUUUUCUACCGUUGACUUUCCUCACUGGCUACUUCGGAAUGAAUUUCGAGGACUUCACAGGUAUGUCUUGA